CGGCAGUGAGCCUGCGCAGUGCGGAGUUUUAGUUGGAAGCUCUUGUCGUUGAGGCACGAGCGGAUUGUCGGUGGUCUCGCGGCCGGAUUCAAAUUUGAAUGCGUUCGAGGCCGGCGGCUUCGGGCAGAGGCUUCAAGAUGCCGAGUAAUAAAUUGGAGAAGAUUGACCGUGUCGAGGCCAGCGAUAAUGUGAAGGUUGUGGUACGCUGCCGGCCAAUGAAUGAAAAAGAAAGAAAUAUGGGACACCGACAAGUGGUGAAUGUGGAUGAAAUACGAGGAACAAUCACUGUCUACAAGACAGAUGCUGCCAAUGAGCCACCAAAAACAUUUACUUUUGAUACAGUCUUCGGCCCGGAGAGCAAGCAAGUAGAUGUGUACAAUCUCACUGCAAGACCCAUUGUUGAUUCGGUUCUGGAAGGAUACAAUGGUACUGUUUUUGCUUAUGGACAAACAGGCACUGGUAAAACAUUUACCAUGGAAGGAGUGCGGGCUGUGCCUGAACUUAGGGGCAUUAUUCCCAAUUCAUUUGCUCACAUAUUUGGCCACAUCGCAAAGUCUGAGGGUGACACCAGGUUCCUUGUGCGAGUAUCCUAUCUGGAGAUUUAUAAUGAGGAGGUUCGUGAUCUUCUUGGAAAGGAUCAGAGUCAGAGACUGGAGGUCAAGGAGCGACCUGAUGUUGGAGUGUACAUUAAAGAUCUCUCUGGUUAUGUGGUAAACAAUGCAGAUGACAUGGAUCGUAUUAUGACUUUGGGGAAUAAAAACCGUUCUGUUGGUGCCACAAAUAUGAAUGAACACAGCUCCCGUUCUCAUGCUAUUUUUACCAUUACCAUUGAGUGCAGUGAAAAAGGAAUUGAUGGAAAUAUUCAUGUUCGCAUGGGCAAGCUACACCUCGUUGAUCUUGCAGGUUCUGAAAGACAAGGAAAGACUGGAGCCACAGGACAGCGAUUAAAAGAAGCAACAAAGAUCAACCUCUCAUUAUCCACCCUGGGUAAUGUUAUCUCCGCUCUUGUUGAUGGUAAAAGUACACAUGUGCCCUACCGUAACUCUAAACUGACACGUCUACUCCAGGAUUCAUUGGGUGGCAAUUCAAAGACUAUGAUGUGUGCAAACAUUGGACCAGCAGAUUACAAUUAUGAUGAAACCAUCAGCACUUUACGAUAUGCAAACAGAGCAAAGAAUAUCAAAAACAAAGCCAGAAUUAAUGAAGAUCCUAAAGAUGCAUUAUUGCGCCAAUUCCAGAAGGAAAUCGAGGAUCUUAGGAAUAAAUUGAAAGAAGGGGAAGAAAUCUCUGGUUCAGAAAUUAGUGGCUCUGAAGAUGAUGAUGAAGAAGCUGAAAGUGGAGAGGGUGGAGAGAAGAAAAAGAAGCGAAGAGAUCAAACAGCAAGAAAGAAAGUAUCUCCUGAAAAGAUGGCAGAAAUGCAGGCAAAAAUUGAUGAAGAGAGAAAAGUCCUUGAAGCCAAACUUGACAUGGAGGAGGAAGAAAGAAACAAAGCCAGAGCAGAACUAGAGAAGAGAGAAAAAGACCUGCUGAAAGCACAGCAGGAGCAUCAGACCUUGUUGGAAAAAUUGUCAGCUCUAGAGAAGAAGGUGAUUGUGGGAGGAGUGGAUCUUCUGGCCAAAGCUGAAGAGCAAGAAAGACUACUGGAUGAGUCAAAUUGUGAGCUAGAGGCACGCCGGAAUCGUGCAGAGCAACUUCGGAAAGAGCUGGAGGAAAAAGAGCAAGAACGUUUGGACAUUGAGGAGAAGUAUACCAGUUUGCAGGAGGAGGCCCAGGGCAAGACGAAGAAACUGAAGAAAGUUUGGACAAUGCUUAUGGCUGCAAAAUCUGAGAUGGCAGACUUGCAGCAAGAACAUCAACGUGAAAUUGAAGGACUGCUGGAGAAUAUAAGACAACUGAGCCGAGAGCUCCGUCUCCAGAUGCUCAUUAUUGACAACUUCAUUCCGCAAGAAUACCAGGAGAUGAUUGAGAACUAUGUACAUUGGAAUGAAGAUAUUGGAGAGUGGCAGCUGAAAUGUGUGGCAUACACAGGAAACAACAUGAGAAAACAGACUCCUGUACCUGACAAAAAAGAAAAAGAUCCAUUUGAAGUGGAUUUGUCACACGUUUACUUGGCCUACACCGAAGAAAGUCUGCGGCAAUCAUUAAUGAAGCUGGAGAGGCCAAGAACCUCCAAGGGAGGGAAAUCUAGACCCAAAACAGGCAGAAAGAAACGAUCUACAAAAUCUGAAGCUGGAAUUGAAUCCCUUCUUCAGUGAUCAAUAGAUGAGACUGACCAAGGCGGGUGGACCAGAUGUUGGACGGAAAAUGUUUCCAGGACAAUGGAAAGUAAUUAUUGUGCAAAGAACGAGUUGUCGCAUUGAGGCUUUCUUGAACCAUACUUACUGAUCUGUAAGAAGACUGGAAUAAGAAACAGGCUUAAAUUUAAUACUAAUAACAAAAUGAAAUGCCAGUGAGUUUGUAAGUUUUAUUAGUCAAUAUUCCAGUUGCUGUCAGAAUACUGGUAGUGAAUGUUUACAACUAAAUGUUUUGGGAUUCCAGUGUUUAGUUGUCAUUUUGUUCUUCUUGACAUUGGUCUUGGCUUAUAUUUUGGUUGGUUUUAGUGGUGAGUAGAGAAUGUAUUACUGGCAGCUAAGCUAUUAAAAGGAAUUUGCUGUCUGAAAGAAAUACAAAGUCUGAAUUAACAUUUUCAAACAUUCCUUCAAGCUCAAAGGACCUUGACCUCUAAAAUUGUUUCAAACGUCUAGCUCCCAAGCAAUUUAACAGAAAUGAAACUUUCACCUCUCAGUCGCACCUUUCUUCUGCUUUAAAAACACAAACUUGGGUUCACCUCACCACUAGUUCUUUGUUUAUCUUGUCUCCUGUUAGCCAGAGGCUUAUGUGCACUUUGUACAGAUCUUAUGGCAAGGGUUUGCAGUUCUCGAAAUGUGUUCAAUGACUGCUGUAAAAUAAGAUAAUUUUGUUUUCUGUUAGAUAAUGUGGUUCCCUAAUUUUGAUUAAGAUGGUAUAUUGCAUCAGUCAUUUCAGAAUAGAUUAUUUAAACACAAGGCACGUCAUUCACCUUAGGAAAAAAAAUGUUUUACGGCAAUGGUGAAAUUGCUUGUUCUAUUAAAUUGUUCACUCUUCUCCAUCAGGGAUGCAAGACCAUGGAGAGGGUUGAGUGCAGUAGAGACUCACUAGGAUAAGGUUUCAUUUCUGAAAAGAGACUGGAAACUAGGGUAUUUUCAUUAGAACAAAGAAGGUUAAGAAGAAAUCUGAUUGUGUUGAAAAUGGAGAAGUUUUGGUAAAUUCAGAAAAAACAUCUAUUUUUACUUGCAGUUUCAUACCAAAGGGCAUAAGUUUGGUAUUCACUAAAAACACUGAGUAGUUAUUCUAUUUUUUUUAUGCAGGGAGUAUUGAGAACAUGGAAUAGCAUACAUACAAUGGUAGAAACUGAAUCGAGACAUACUCUAUCUAUAAAGCAAGUAAAUAAAUAAUUUUUAAAAAUGAAAGGAUUUGGAGAAAAGGUCUGGGAAUAGAAUUAGAUGAAUAACUCUUUCACAGAGUUGGCACUAGCACAAUGGACUGAAUGACCUCUUCAGUACUAUAACAUUCUUCGAUUCUUUCCUGGUUGAACCCCAUAAAUAUAAUCAAUUGGCAGGUGCCACAAAUUACCAUAAUAUGUGAGGAACUAUUUAGUACUAGCAACUGUUAACUUGAAAAGCUGACAACAUAAAUUUACGGAAACAAAAUCAGAUCACGAAGGAGACACUGCGCACAAUAGGGAAUCUCCAUUUGACAUGCACACGCUGUAGUUAGACCUCUAAUAUUGUCAUUCCAAUUCUCCAACCCACUCUCUCUACAUGUCUCCACUAGAAGCUCAGGACUGCUGAACCAGCUCUUAAUAGCCUUUUUAAAAAAACAAGCACCUGUAGCUUUUACUUUUCAAACAGGAAGAGUUAGUCAGAGAUUUCACUUAAACAUUCCUUAGUUAUGCUUGUCUAAAGGAAAGCUUUGGUUUGGAAACAUGUGACAGAUUCUGGUAGGAGCUUUCAUUCUGCAGCAAAAUAGAGGGGAUCUAUUCAAACUGUUUGCAGGAUGGAAAAUGACCAGGAAAAGCAAACUCUCCCAAAAAAAAUUGAUAGGAAUUGCAAGCUUUGAGUUCCUGUUACUACCGACACUAUACCAUACUCUUAAAUAUUAUGAGUGCUCUGCUUUUUAAACAUUAUAUAAAGUUAAAAACUUCAGCUCAGUGUUCACCACCCACUCUUGAGAACUAAGGUGGUACUUGCUGCUAUAAAUGUGAAAAACAAAAGUUUGAAUGUGUACAGGUAGUUGCACAGUAGCUAAUCCAUAGCAAGGAUACUUUGUUUCUUGGUUUCAAUUUUUGACUUGGAAAUAUGUAACCAGCUCAUUAAUGGCACCUAUGAACCAUUGUUGGUUCUUUGGCACACAUUUAUGACUACAGAAGUAGAUUUGAUUGUAAUAUUUCAGGCUUAGCUGGAAAACUGAUGUUUAUGGAAUCAUAAAUUUCAUAAUGCUUGACUACUGAUUCCAAGGUUAAAAUAAAAUCAUGCAUUUAUUUUUCAGCAAUAAGCAAAAGGUCAACUAAAUCACUAAUACAAAUGGAACUAAAUUACUAAUACAAACGCAUAAGUGAAAAUUUAUUCACGUUGUAGAAACAGUAACUAUGAAAGCUGCUAACUCCAACCCAUUAUAUUGUAAUGCACCAUUUAUAGCUUGUUGUUUCAUGAUGAACAUUUUUAAGGACUGCUACUUGCAUAUCACUAGAGCACUAAAUUGAUCACAUUUUCAUUGAUCAUAUUUCUGCAUGAUUUGCAACCAUGCCAGAAAGCUUUUACUACUUUUUGCUACGUAUUAAAUGGCACAGGGACCAUGCAGCUUGUGACUCUUUGAUAGUAAAAAGAUGACAAAGCAGCCCAGCAUUCAGAAACAUAGCCAAUACUUUUGCUACUUCCUUUGUUAACAUGACUAGAAGAUUUUAUUGCCACAACUCAGGGACAACUGUAAAAGGCUGAAGGGUAAUAUGGGCUAGUACGUGUAUACAGGAACUGUGUCUGCAUUAUCCUUAUCAUUUGUAACUAUCCCAAUACUGCGGUUAAAUUGUUACAAAAAAGCUUUUUCACUGGUUCCAAUAGAAGCUGCAUUACAGUUAGUGGAACUCAGACCUCAAAAAGAUAAACCUGUGGUGAGUACUGCUAAUUUGAUGGCCUGCGUAAUUGUGAAAUGAAGAGGCUUAACUGUAUAAUGCAGUUGAGAUAUUGUAAAUCAAUGUCGGACUGAUGAAUUUGUCCGUCCAGUGUUUCUUCUGAAUAGUUUAUAAAUGUCUGUGUUUUGUUCUUAUUGUGAGCUUUAAUACACACAUGCAGUAUUGUAUUUUCUCAGAAUAUUACUUCAGGGAAAAUUAUAUGCUGAAAGUUGUUUACUUAUCAAACACAGGAAAAUAACCUUUAUUCUUUUGUCUGCAAGAUAGUAUGAACUAUGUUUUAACCUCUCUGAUUAAACAGCAAUUACCCUGGACUGCUGGACAAGAACUCUUUCUUACCCUAUAUGUAUUUAAAUUUAAUAGUGAGUCUUGAAUGCAAUGAUGUUGCACAUAUACACAAUCCAAGGGGUUUAUUAUUGUGUUUUAAGAUAGUAAACAUCAUAUGUCAGUGUCUGUUAACAAGCCUAUUGUAAAAUGUUUAAAAUCAUUAAUAGAAAACUGCACAUUUUCUGAAAUUUUAAUGCUGGGUUGUAUAGUGUGAUUAAUAAAGAGGUCCCAGGUUGUGUUUCUUUUUUGUUUCGCCUGACCUGAAAUCUCUUGCUAUAUGCUAUGUUCAGAGCAGUUGAAAUAAACACCAUACAAAUGUGGUUUUUAUUGAUUAUUCUUUGUAGCCUGUUAUGUAUAAAUUAUGCAUUGUGUGAUGUACAUAUGAGACCAUGUAUAUGUAUAUAUACAGCAUGUUAAUGUCCAUAAAUAAAGAAAUCUCUAUACA